GUCUGGGCUAGCAUGUGGAGAGGCAACCUGCUCGACAAGUAGUCAUUAAAAUACACAGUUAGUUUGCUGAACAUCUCAUUCGUUUGCAGUGUAAGCUAAGAGAAAACACUGGCAGGUACAAGCAGCAGCAUGUCGGUCGACAGCGUGUUUAGGACCCGCUCUCUCGGUGUGGCCGCCGAGGGUCUUCCUGAUCAGUAUGCCGACGGCAAAGCAGCGAAAGUCUGGGAGCUGUACAUCGGAGACACGCAGAGUAGGACGCAGGAAUACAAAAGCUGGGUGGUGUCUUUGCUGAAACAACAAGGGGUGCGGAAAGUGCUGGAUGUAGCCUGCGGAACAGGAGUUGACUCCAUUAUGUUGGUGGAGGAGGGCUUUAAUAUGGUGAGCGUGGAUGCCAGCGACAAAAUGCUCAAGUAUGCACUGAAGUCAAGAUGGGAGAGGAGAAAAGAGCCAGCUUUUGACCAGUGGGUGAUUGAAGAGGCCAACUGGUUGACGUUAUCGGAGGACAUUCAGAAACCAGGGACUGGCUUUGAUGCUGUUAUCUGCCUUGGCAACUCAUUCGCUCACUUACCAGACUUCAAAGGGGACCAGAGUGACCAAAAGUUGGCCCUCCAGAACAUUGCCAGUAUGGUCAAACCAGGUGGGAUCCUCAUCAUUGACCACCGUAAUUACGACUACAUCCUGGAGACCGGCCGGGCACCGCAAGGCAAAAAUAUCUACUAUAAGAGUGAUCUAACUCAGGACAUCUCCACCUCGGUGCUGUGGGUCAACAGUAAGCCCCAUAUGAUCACUCUGGACUACACCAUCCACGUGCCCCAGGCCGCCCUCCACAAUCUUCCUGAAGUCAGUAAAUUCCGUCUGUCCUACUACCCUCAUCGUCUGGAGCCCUUCAAAGCAUUGCUGAACGAGGCCUUCAAUGGCAAAAUGGAGCACAGCGUCUACGGAGAUUUCAAGACCUACGUUCCUGGCCAGACCCAGGCCCCGUGCUACUUCAUCCACGUCUGCAAGAAGACAGCCUAAGAGCCCGACCCACCAACUUCCUGCAGGCACGCACACUGCUCGGAAAACAACAACAACAUGUUCUUACAGCUCUCCAGAUGUGGGCAAAAUCAUAUUUGAAUAUGUUUUAAAAAUAUUUCAUCUUAGAUUUCUUUAGUCUUUGGUCAGUUUACCAUGUGAUGAUCACAUGGGUACCAAAAUCAUCCUGAUGGUUUGUGACUGCAGUGUCCAGUGUUAACACAUGAGCAUACACAAAGGCGUCAGUGCUAAUAGAUAGCAGCAGUAUCAUCAUCAUACAAGGAAAUGUGUCGUCAGUGCUCUAUUUAUGGCCUGGAAAGUUGUAAUUCAUACAAUUUGCUUUAUUUUCUCAGUUUGAAGUGAUGUAUGCUGAAAUGUUUAAGGACCAGUGUAAGUUUGUGGGGAUUUGUUGGCUGAAUGUGGCAGAUGAGCUCCUUUUAUCUACAGAGGGAGCAGGUUUCUCACAGGGUCUGCCAUGUUGCUCCACCAUGUUUCCUAACACUGGCUUUCCUGUCCUGCACACUGGUCAUUUAACGCAACUGGAACAUGUGGUUGAUAAUGAUUUUUCUUUUCACUUAAAUCAAAACUCCCAAAUAGAAGCUAAGUUUGAAAACUCCAAAUUUAUUGGACCACUGUUUUGCCCACAUCUGGUCUCUUCCCAGUGUGCUGUGUGCUGCUCUUGCGUUCUGCUCGUCUCUGUUUCCUCUCUGCUUCCCGCCUCUCUGAACAUGAUCCACCAUGAACUUUUUAAAUUGGUGCUGUAAGAGUGAUAUUCCUCAUGAUUGAAUACUUGGCAUUAAUCGCCAGUAAUUGCUAAGAUGUGUUCUUAGACAGUACUUUGUAAGUUUACCACAAGAGUCUUAAAAACUUCUGUGUUUUGUGAAUUUUAUUUGUAUUUUUGAGCUGGAAAAGGAAAGAAAAGCUGAUCUCA